UAUCAUCCACAUGUGCGUGUGUGUACUUUUCUGUGAAUGGCGAAACACAUGUCGGGCAGCUAUGGCGAUUCCUUACGCAGGUGUCAAUCGGCUACUGAAAGAUGCAUCUACCCCUUGGUUACAGAAAAUACAACUGGCAAAGUUUGCUUGGAUUUCUCCCAAAUGCUUCCUUCCGAACAGGGAGCAAGUGCUGAUUGACUGGUCUAUAAACUCAAUAGUAAACGCUUCCAAGUUCAGUAUCCCAGACAAUGUCAUUCCCGCCCUGUGGCAAUUUCUUCAAGAUGUCCUCCAGAGCAAACAACUUCAGAGCAUGGGGAGUCGACUUGAAAGACUUUCCAUCAGACCAAGUUUAUUUCCAGUGCUGAUUUCAUCCUUAGAACCUCAUCAUAAGUAUGAGGAGCAAGCGAUAGGAUGUUGUCUUCAUCUACUAGACUACGCUUCACUAGGGACUGUCAUCACAGGGCAACUAGAAAAUCAGGUCAAGUUUCUUAGUGCUGUACUGAAUCUGUUGAUAUCAUAUCUGAAAGCUGACGAUGGAAGGACUUGUAGCAAGUUGAAUUCCUUGGUGCAUAAAGCAUUUGAGAGUUUUGCUUCACUACAGAGACAGCAGCCCAACCCAAGAAAGAUUCUUGCAAUUAUCUUUGCGAAACUGCUCCAGCCAUCGUUAAUGUUACACUACACCAUUACAUCCUUGAGUCCCACUUCUGAUGCUCUAUACACAGAUACACUAACGUGUAUUCAGGAUCUUAUUGCAAAUGGACUCUUUCAACGAGACUUAGUUGAUGGUCACAUCAAAUAUCUGAGGUUAUCACCGGGUGAAGUCAACACAGACAAACAGAAAGAGGUCAAGCUGUUACAUGAAGCAAUCAUUGCCCUCUGGAAAAACAUCUCCGGCAAAGUGUGGCACCAGCAAGAGGAUGAUUGUUCAUGUUCCUACAUAGCCGGCAUGCCUGUUUUAUUCUCGGCAUUCUUGAGUAUACAGCAAUACCCAAAGGACGUCUCCUUUGCCCUGUUUUGUAAACUCUGUCACAUCAUGGGUAUCAUGCCAUUGGAAGUUAAAUCAAAACCAAACACAGAGACAGAAGAUAUCGAAGGUGGAGAUUGUCAGCCAAUGGAAGAGGAGAAAGACUCGAGGGAGGGUUACCGUGGAAACUGGAGUGUUUGUCUCCUACCCCUGAGCGAACUCCUUGAUGUUGUUUCUGAGAAACAAAUUUAUGAGGUGGCAUCUGACAAUAUGGAAGGCAAAGUCCAAUUUGCAUGGCUUGUUCAUCUUGUCAAUGAAUUGAUGUCAAAUGCUGACAGCUCUUCAAUAUCUUGGUUCAAUUGUCUUCACAAAUUAUUGGAUAUGAACCACCUUUUACUGGAAGAUAAAUUGCCACAGAUCCUGAAGGAGGCCCUCUAUUGUUCGGCCAAAGAAAGCCCAGAGAAGAACGCACAGCUUCUUGAAUUGAGGGAUUCUUUUUUGGAGAAAUUAUUGGGCGUCUACACAAAGCUGAGACAGUUUGAUAAAGUUGUUGCCGCUCUGUUAGAGGCCAGCAUGAUCUCAACAACUUCACAGAGACUUGGUUACCCUCAACACUUUGCUGACAGUUUCUCGGAGAGCGUGCAACUAUUACCACCCGGCCUGACUCUCACCAUCUGGAAGCAAUUCCACCAAGCAUUCUCCCAGACCUACCUUCCUCAACUCAACCAGACGUCUUCAACCAUCUCCUCGCCGUCUCCUAGCAAGAAACGGAAGAAGGUCAAAGAGAUUGCCAAAGAGGUCAACAUUGAGCCCUUGUCAAGGACCUUUCACCUCUAUCUACGAAGCAUGCGAUUGGUCGAUGCCAGUCUGACUGCUCCAUUGUUGAAGCGGGUAGAAGUGGUGAUGAAUGAAAUGAAGGGAGACAUUUUGGAACUUUUAUUGGAUAGGAGUCGAAAGUCGAAGCUGUCCGAGAGCCAAGUUCACUGCACUCUUCUUCUAUGUCAUGUAUGGGGAGAACUUUACCUCAUGUUGUCUCAACACACCAACUAUGGGAACCCUUCUGCAGAUAGGACCGAGAAGUGUGCCUUGUGGAACAUUACAGACUCCUUGUGGUUAGACUCGUUGCCUGAUUGGUCAAGUCUUAGUGAGUUGUUCUGCGACAAAGAGGACAUUUUGCAACUGCAGAUAUCUCUUGUGAUACAGCAGAUCAGAGCCUUGAUCCUACACAGUGAAGUUGACUCUGUUCAACAGAGUCUCACUAACAUGACCAUAGAAGUUUGUAACAAAGUUACCGACAUGGAGCCAAGCAGCUCCAGGAACCUGCUGCCGAUUCUCUUAGAACACCUUCCAAUCCUCCUACCAUAUCUUCCGUCCCAACAUCUCGCUAAGCUAAUUAGUCUCCUCUGUGAGAUACUAAUGUCAAGGUGUAGUCUCUCAGACAAGCAGUUACUAGAAGAGGGCCCAGGGGAAGAUGCAGUUUUGUACAGAGUAUGUGAGCAAUUUGUGAGCAGUGAGUUUUGUAUGGAGUCUAGGAGGCUACAAACUGCACUGGUGAACUGUGUCUUGAACAAACUCUCUGAGGUCACAAGCUCUUUCUCACCACAAGAAGUGGCCUUCAUCCAAAGACUGAGUAAAGUAGAGAGUUCAGACUCCUGCAAAGACGAUGAUGUGUCUAGACAUCUUGAAGAUGUUGCCAUGGAUUUCAACCGACUUCUGACCGAUCGUUCUGUCGCUAAGAAAAAAGUUCGCCCUGUUGGGUUGAAUACCAUGACAUCGCUGUAUGGAACACUUAAGAUCUUUCAGUUCUUACCUCUCCACCACCUGUUGCCUAGCAACGUAGCCCGAUGCAUGCUGGGAUUGCUCUUCGUUGACCUAACCAUUGGUUAUAAACCUCCAAAGAAAUCGCAAGACGUCCUCGAGUUUGGAAAGACACUGCUGUUAUGCAGACAAGUGGAAGCGGCCAUCUUGAAAGGGAUUGGAAAGGUUGAAUUCCUGCACAGUAUUGAUGCAUUAAUAAUUGCGACUGAAAUCACCAAUGUGUUUCUUCAAGCUGACAAUCAGAUAUUCCAAAAGAGUACGACGCAAACAGAACAGAGCUCCGGAGACUUGAAUGAUGUCACCGAAGAACUGCUCACCUAUUGGCUGAAAAGAGUCAUGCAUAUGACCAAUCAGGAAGCUGCUGCCAGUGACUAUUGCAUUAUGAUGGAAUCCAGGUUGAGUGAACUCGUCAAGCAUCUGACCAAGUCUAAGCAUCCCAACGACCUCCUGACUCAAAACAUUCCACUCUUAACGACCUGCACGACACUCCUCAACGCAAUUUUAGCCGGCAACAGGGGAUCGCUCAUAUCCCAAACCAGCGAGUCGGUCGAAGACAGGAUACCAGGGAUCAUUAACGCACUCAGUGCUGUCAUGAAAUAUGUUGAAUGCUCGAGAAAGAGUCCACGUUUGUUUCACCACAUGACGAAAGUUGCGACGGGACUUGUGAAGUUCGCCCUCCGUUUCACUAAGAUUAGUUUUGAAACAUCGGCUGAGAGUUCUAAAGAUGACUCUGACGCCAUGGAAACGAACGUCUCCGUGGUAACAGUCACAGCCAAACAAUGGCGGAAUCUUAUCAACUUAAUGUUGUCAGAAAUCUCUUAUUAUUUCACAUCAGCUGACGAUAAGAGCUGUCCGGUGAUUGGUUGCUGCCUUUCGUUUAUGCAAACGAGCUCUAUUUUCAUUGGUCGACAUUGUAGUGUGAGCACGAGUGGCAUGGACACCAGUUCGAUGUGGCUGGCUUUGAUAUCGCUGAUGGGUACCAGGGUCGAAUGGACGGAGGAAAUGAGAAAUGAGUUUCAGACUACUUUUGAAAGAAUUGUUGGGACAAUGGAUAUGGUCCAGCUGCAGAUGUCUUUAAGUGAUCUAUUAAAAGAUACAGCACCCAGUAAAGAUGACGAUGCUAGUCAUAAGAACCUCCUUGGAGCCUUGUUUGCAUGGCAACUGUUACCAAGCAGUGUUGAAUCGGAGGAGUCACAAGGAGCCUUGGCUGAAGUUACUCCCAAGCUUAUUCAUAACUUGAUGAGCGUUCUGCUAGAUGCUGUUCAAGACUGGACUGGAGGUGGCGCUAUAGCUUUGUCGGUUCUACGAGCUGUUACCAGUAUUAUUGAACAUGGAGAGUCUCUUGUUCUACCUGACGAUACAUUGUAUGCCCAACACUUUUGCGUCUUGAUACCCGUAACCAUGGUAACUGAUGCUGAGUUCCCAUUGGUCUUCAACACACUGUGCCAGAUACUAAGACAUCUUCUGAUUGGCUACCCAAGGACAGUGAUGGCAUCAUUGGCGAGCUACUUUGCGUGUCUUCAAAGUCUUCUGAAGAAUGUAAUGCAGAGAGGCCAACAGAGGCCAGGUACCAGUGACAGAUUAAGCGAUCAUGACUUGUAUAUGUGUGCAGAAAAUAUGGAAAGGCUGCUGACCAUGAUAGCAACGUACAAGGAGGACGUUAAUAAACUGGCAGUGUUUCUGGUUGCUGAUUACAUCGCUGAACUACAGAAAGGAACAUUACUCCCUCUAUUUAAGAAAACCUUAGUAACAGGUGUGUAUAACCUACUGGAUGUAGCUGAUGAAAGAGCGAUUGACUUCUUGAAUGCUAACAUGCCGCUCAAUCUUAGAGAAAUCUUCAAGACGUUCUACAACGACUUCCAGAAAUACUACAGAUACUCGGGCAAAGUGUAAAGUUAGUUCCACCCAAAUAGAACACCGGUUGUAUUUUUAUAAAAAUAUGAACAACAGAACUACCAUCAUCAUGGUGAAAGCGCAUAGGCGUUGCUCGGUGGCUACAAUUUGUUUGAUUUGAUAAUCGUUCUUUUUAUGUUAUUCUGCAUUUUAAGCGGCUUGGUGAGGCUGGUUCAAUCCAAUACCAACCAUCCUCAGGUCAUCAGAGAGUUGAUUUUGGUAUGAGUGCUCCGUCUCUUCAAUAGGGUUCUGUAGGUUGGGCGUUAUUCAUUGGGGUUUUUACCCAUAUACACCGAUGUGUGUUAGCACUGUCUACUUGGUACUUACUCGAGCUCUGUGAAAAA